CCCCCUGAAACCCAGUUUAGUUCCUCUCUGGCUGCCAGGGGCUGGGUGCGCGAGCUUGCCCUGAAACUCUGGGGCUGCUCUACACUUUUUCCUGGGCCAGGGAAGAGCGGCCACCCCUCAAUCCCUGGUGGGCCUCCGACAGCCACAGGAGAGUAGGGGUUUCCCCCUUUCUGUCUGGAACCAUUGAAACCUUUCUCCCGAUCCCCGUCCCCUUUUCUCCUCCCUCUCCCUCUCCCUUCUUCCCCUUCCCCAAAGCCUCCCUGGGCUUCGCCUCCCUCACUCCCUUCCCCACUCCUUCCUAGGACUGGGCUGAAGUCACCGUGGAGCUCCAGCGCGGCAGCCCAACUUUCCAAACCAGGAGGGAAAUAUGGGAUGUAUAAAAUCAAAAAGAAAAGACAGUUCAACUCACGAUGGAAUAGAUUUGAAGACCCAACCAGUACGUAAUACUGACCGAACUAUUUAUGUGAGAGAUCCAACGUCCAAUAAACAGCAAAGGCCAGUGCCCAAUGCAGACUCUCAACUUUUACCAGGACAAAGGUUUCAAAAUAAAGAUACAGAAGAUCAAGGGGUUGUGGUAAUAGCCUUAUAUCCCUAUGAUGGCCUUCACCCUGAUGAUUUAUCCUUCAAGAAAGGAGAAAAAUUGAAAGUCCUUGAAGAGCAUGGAGAAUGGUGGAAGGCUAAAUCUCUUUUAACCAAGAAAGAAGGCUUCAUUCCCAGCAAUUACGUAGCAAAAAUCAACACCUUGGAAACAGAAGAAUGGUUCUUUAAGGAUAUAACUCGGAAAGAUGCUGAAAGACAGCUCCUAGCACCAGGAAAUAGUGCAGGAGCAUUUCUCAUCCGAGAAAGUGAAACAUUAAAAGGAAGUUUCUCUCUUUCUGUCCGAGAUUAUGACCCACAGCAUGGUGAUGUUAUUAAGCACUACAAAAUUAGAAGUCUGGAUAAUGGAGGUUAUUACAUAUCUCCAAGAAUUACUUUUCCCUGUAUCAGUGACAUGAUUAAGCAUUAUCAAAAGCAGGCAGAUGGUUUGUGCAGAAGGCUUGAGAAGGCAUGUAUUAGUCCAAAACCACAAAAACCAUGGGAUAAAGAUGCUUGGGAAAUUCCACGUGAAUCAAUUAAACUGGUGAAGAAACUUGGAGCUGGACAAUUUGGAGAAGUCUGGAUGGGCUACUAUAACAAUAGUACCAAAGUGGCUGUGAAAACUCUGAAGCCAGGAACCAUGUCUGUGCAAGCAUUUCUAGAAGAAGCCAACCUCAUGAAAACACUUCAGCACGACAAGUUAGUGAGGCUCUAUGCUGUUGUUACCAAAGAGGAGCCCAUUUAUAUCAUAACAGAAUACAUGGCAAAAGGGAGUUUGCUGGAUUUCCUGAAGAGUGAUGAAGGUGGUAAACUGCUGCUUCCAAAACUAAUUGACUUUUCAGCGCAGAUCGCAGAAGGAAUGGCAUACAUUGAGAGGAAGAAUUACAUCCAUCGAGACCUGAGAGCAGCUAAUGUUCUUGUUUCAGAUUCACUGAUGUGCAAAAUUGCUGAUUUUGGCCUUGCUAGGAUAAUAGAAGACAAUGAGUAUACGGCAAGGGAAGGUGCAAAAUUCCCUAUUAAGUGGACAGCUCCAGAGGCAAUAAACUUCGGAUACUUUACUAUUAAAUCAGAUGUGUGGUCCUUUGGAAUUCUCCUAUAUGAAAUCGUAACGUAUGGGAAAAUUCCCUAUCCAGGGAGGACUAAUGCUGAUGUGAUGAUGGCUCUGGGGCAGGGAUACAGGAUGCCACGCAUGGAAAACUGUCCAGAUGAGCUCUAUGAGAUCAUGAAAAUGUGCUGGAAGGAGAAAGCAGAAGAAAGGCCAACAUUCGAUUAUUUACAGAGUGUGCUGGAUGACUUCUACACAGCAACAGAAGUGCAAUAUCAACAACAGCCUUAGAACAAAGAAAUACUUUUUAUUUCCCAAUUGGCAUAGACAGAUACCACAUUACACACAUACACACGCGCGCACACACACACACCCCAAAAACUGGUCGCACAAGUUAUUUCAGUGUGCCUGGAUUAGCCACUGCGCCUGGUUCCUGAAAUUAAAGGCUGAAAUAACUCAGGAAGAUUCUGUAUACUAUACACAGAAAGAGAUACCCUGUUUCUCGACUGAUAGAACGGAAUUGAAAAGAAUAUCUGGGGACUGACUGGCUCAGAUGAGACUGCUCAUCUGCUGGUAACCUUAUCUGUCUAAGCCACUAUCUGAAUCCAAACUUAGAAGGAAAAGAAUAGAUCCCAAUUAAAAUAUACACACUCUGAUCCUGAAUUUCUAGGUGGAAAUGCAAAAAUUACUUUAAAAUGUGAUCCAUAUCGGCAAGUUGUGACACAACUGUUUUCAAAUCAAAUGUACUCAUUUAUAAAGUCACCAUCAGUGAUUACACAUUGCAGGAAUUUUUUGUAUUUUCCAUAGAUUUGGACUCAUUUAAAAAGGGUGGGGAAAUGUCAUUAAACUAAUCACAUUCCAUGUGAAGUCAGUGGCUGAGAAACACCCACUCCCACCCCAUAAAAAUCAUUCUGCUGCAGGUACAGUUCAGCAGCAGUCUUUUCUUCAGUGGAAAGGGACCAAGAUUUUUCAUUUUAAUGUCAGUGUUUUAUAUUUUAAAGAAGAUCUAUGUUCUGGUGACAAACUGUAAUUUGCCAUGUAUGGAAAUUUUCAAUAACCUUUGAUUGGGCAUUAGAAACAGCAGUAAGAUUAUGGUGUCUAAAGAACUUUCUCUAGCUACUCAGUUAAGGCAUUAUGGGCAGGAAAAUGGAAAGACUUAUUUCUUUAGCUGCUUCCGGUGUUUGGAGAGGCAUUUUUAUUACCAAAUGUUUAAUUUUAACUGCAUUGUAGUAUAUGCCUUAAUGGAUUGAUUUGUUUUUCAUGAUUCAGACUAUGAUUUCUAAGUAAUUGGAUAUUUGUGUGGGACUAUUUAUAGCCAGCAGCUAAGGCUCUAAGGAAUUACUAUACUUCCUGUCUGUGGUGCAAGGUUCGAAAAGACAUAUUUUUGUUUACUAAACUUUUCUAUAAGCAUUGGAUGACAAAAAAAAAAAAGCCUCAUGCUUGUAACCUUUCACUUAUAUUACCAUGUAAAUACCUAAUAUGUCUGUUGUUUGAUUGUUUUUAUUUCAACAUGCACUGGUCCGAUAGCAUUUUUUAAAACAAGAUUUUCCUUGUGUGUUGCCUUCUCAACUACUGUCAACUUACAAAAAAAAAAAAAGGACAAACGGCUGGAGAAAAAAAACCAAUGGCACUGAUUGCCUGGAGCUGUCUGAUUAAAAUGAAUAGUUUCCAGUUCUGCUUAUACAAUUUGGUAACUUCAGGAAUAAAAUAGAAAAGAAAUUGAUUACCUAGAGGCCUAAAUAUCCUUUCAUGAGUGCAAAGUAGACCGCUUCUUUUGCCACAGGCUUCAAAAUCAAUUGCUAAGAUCCAUUGUCAUUUUAAAUUUUGGAUAUAAUGGAAAAGAGUAGUGCAGUCACAGGUUUUGUGGGUUUUUUCCCCUAUGUUUCCAUUCUUUUCCUGUGUUUUAUAAAAUACGCCCUUUCUAAAA